AUCACAGCGCCAAGGAUUUAACACGAUCGAGCAGCGCGCUGUAAAUCUCCUUAGAUCCCUUGCUCGAUCCCGCCUACAAACCAACCGGGAUUUAUUAAUCUUCUCGACAGCUUGCGCGGUGGGGGGAGAGAGGGGGUGGGAAGAAGUGGAAAAAAGGAGAAAACCGGGAUCCAAACAAAACGCAAGAGGGCAAGAAACCUCUGGAUCGCUUUGCCCCUUGCGUCAGGAGAGCCGGAUCCUUGGGGUUUUACGGCGGCCGAGCUGGGAGCCGGGAGCGGAAGGCAGGGCUGCCGUCCCUUCCCUUCUGGGGACCGGUAGGAAGGAUUUCAUAGGAUCUUCCCCUGCCGAAGCCGCAGCGAGCGCCGCGCGAGUUCCCGCCUCCUGCCGUCGCUCAUUCAUUCCCGCCGCCGCCGCCGCCAGCAGCUGCUGCUCCAUUAUGAGCGGCUCCUUCCUGGUUCCUCGUUGCCAGACGCGCGACUUGGACGGCGAGCCUGAGGCGGCGGGAGCCGGGAAGAGGAGGCGGCAGCAGCAGCAGCAGCAGCAGGAGAAGCCCGGCGAGAAGCCCUCCUUCCCCGCGCCCGGCGCCUCUCGGGGCUCCAGCGCCGCGUAAAGAAGGAAACCCAAACAACCCGCGACGGGUAAGGACUGGUCGCCGCGAGGGGCUGCUGGGCUCAAAGUUUCCGCCGCGGUCCGGGACCUUUGGGUCUGUUUCUCCCCCCCCCCCCCACACCUCCGUCCCCUCACGAUCAGCAGUCGAGCUUAUGCAAUAGAGCCAGUCUUGUCCCAGGAGAAAAUGGAAGCGCCCUCGGGAUUUCUCGCGCUUUUGGCUCCCUAAAGCGCGCCAGCCAAAGGGUCGGCGCGUCUGGUUCGAGCCCACCCGGGGAUGGUUUGUGGGCAGGAUUUCUGCAUGGCAGGGGGUUGGACUAGAUGAUCCUCGGGGGCGCCGUCCAACUCUACGAUGCUUUGAUUCUAAGCCCCGGACAGGAAAGGCUGCCUUGUUUUGCUCGUUUCCAGGGGGAACUCUCCGAAGUAAUGGUUUGUGGGGAGGGGGGUUCUGUCCGUCGGGAUGGGGGUGAAAGUGGGAAGGUAUCGAACUUGCUUUUUCUUCUCAAAAGCGUGGGAGUUUGGUACAGGAGCAAAUUGGGUGAGGGGCUGUCCCCACUUUUGCUUCAAGCACGUCCUGGUGCUGUUUGAUACCUGCUCUUGAAAGUCUCCUUUGCCCAAGUUGUGCGCACGUGUGAAUGUUGGUGAUUCGUGAUAGGAAGCGGACAAGAAUCUGGUGUAUAUGUAUAUGUACGUGUGUGUGUGUUUUCUAGCUAGUGGAGGGAUUAUAUCUGCAGGUGUAAAUAUCAACAAGUGCCCGCACUCCCCAGCCAGCAGGUGGGCAAUUCAGGACUGCAAUCUUGUACACACUUACUGCUUAGUAAGUCCCGUUGAACUUGGAAGCGCCACAGAAUCUGCCUUAUAUACAGAAGGCCUCAGGUUGAGUCUGACAUCGCCAGGUAAGGGCUGGGAGAGAACCUUGCUUGAAAUGCUGGGAAGCUGCUGCCAGUCAGUGUAAACAAUACUGAACUAGAUGGACCAGUGUUCUGGGUCAGUGUAAGGCAGCUUCCCAUGUUCCUUCUGAGAUAUGCAUCGGAUUGUGCCAUCAGUAGCCCUCUUCCAAUCCACUGCCCCUAGAGAAUUGUCUGUUCCUGUUACCGCUUCUGGAGUAAAAAAAAAGUUUAUAUACUCAUAAUGCUCCUGUGAUAAUUUGGCAUGUUUCUGUGAGCCUUGUAGCUCUAUUUCUGUAAUAGGCAUUUUCCUAUUUAUUUGCAAAAGAGGAGUGUUGCUCAGUGUGAUUAGGUAGUCAGAAAACACAGGUUCCCAAACUGUGGGCCACCCAAACUUCUUCAAGGUGGUUACAGUGCCUGCAUUAAAUAUUCAGUAUAGAGGUGGUGAUAGCUUUUUGCCUUCCAAGAUCAUAAACAAGGAUUACCAAGCUGGGGCUCUUAGGCUCUAAGGCAGGAUGUUCUUGUGCUUCCUUUCCCAUCUUCUAUAUUCAGUCAAUCCUAUCCCAAGCCCUGCUGGGACAGGCUGCUGGUUGUGGGGAGAUCCUGGCAAUGCUGCAGCCAAGGGUAAGGGUCAAAACAUUGGCUGUUUCACAGCCCUCCAUGUUUCAUGCUUUUAAAAAAUAUGUCCUGCACCCAGUUUCUGCCAUCUCACACUUGGUUGCACUGAUGAGGUGCUCUUCCAGGUGACUUUCAUGUGUGUCAGACAAAAUGAUGUAUUUUCAAAGGAUAGUGCUAAUAGCACUUUAGUGGAGGUGUUCUUGGAGGUGGGGCAGAGCUGUUGCAACAAGCACUGAUAAACCUGCUACUGGCACAGCCUCCCUUAGCCUUGAAGGCAAGUAGGUAGCUGAUAUGAAGACGUAAUUAUUUUGACAUGCCGAGUUGCCAGCUGAACAGUGUGCAUCUGGAGAGAAGAAGAGUGAUUGCCAUAAAUACUAACAGGAUGAGCUAAGCUGGUCGCCCAGUAGCUUAGGAACGAAAGCUUUGGUUUGUUCACAAUAUUUUCUAAAGCUGGUCAAAUACUGUAAUUAGGAGAGAUGCUGGUUGUGCAUCACCUUCUGCCCUGGAAACUCUUAACCCUUAUCCCAGACGGGGAGCUAGUUCUAUUAAUGAGUUGCAAAAAAGAAAAAAAGAGGCAGUUCAUGAUUGCUUACGGUAAGUGUUCCACUUCCUCCUUACUAUACCGUAUUUCUCCUGUUCUGUUCCAAGAUCUGGUGCCAAAAUGGCCUCAGCUAAUCACUGUAUGAACUACAGUGGUACCUCAGGUUACAUACACUUCAGGUUACAGACUGUGCUAACCCAGAAAUAGUGCUUCAGGUUAAGAACUUUGCUUCAGGAUAAGAACAGAAAUCGGGCUCCGGCGGCAGCAGCAGGAGGCCCCAUUAGCUAAAGUGGUGCUUCAGAUUAAGAACAGUUUCAGGUUAAGAACGAACGAAUUAAGUACUUAACCCGAGGUACCACUGUAAUAGUGAACCCCAAAAGAAGCACAGUGAGAACUGAGUGUGCUUGGUGGCCAUGACUUUUUUGGGGGGUGUUUGGAAACAUGGGGGGAGGGCAGAAUGGAAUAUCUUUUGGGAGGGCGUUGUUGGAACCCUGAACAUUCCAUAUGGCUACAUUUUGUCGCAGGCCCCUUGUAUGUGUGGAUUAUUUCUGCAGCCAAUUAGAACGCGUUCUUCUUUAGGUAAUUCAUGGAUUGCAAAAAAUAUGAAAUAGCAAGUUGAAACACAAAUCCACCCUGAUGGGUGCACACACAGAGAGAUUAGUCUGCUUCUGCACACAGGCCUUCCUUGCUGUGUCUGGCAAAUACAUGCUCAGAAACUCCUUUUGAAAACAGCUCGGGAAGGAAAGAAUUGUUUGCUCAGCAACGUAUUGAUCAUAAUUAGUGUUUCCCCCCCGUGAAAGUUGCAGUGAUAUCAUAAUUAACUACUAGAUGUUUUAUCAGUUGCAAGUCACGUAGGUCUUCAGUUCUAUGCACAGCAAAGGCAGCAAAAGUACAUAAAGUACUGUAAUCUCCAGUGGUUUGUUGAAUUACAGCAAUAAAACAGCACAGUGGAUUUGCUCCAGCUCACUGUGGGUGCAACGUCCUUGGGCGGAUCCCCGUAGGGCAUAAUGUUUCCCCUUCCCACUUUCCCCCUUUCCCCUCACUUAUGGGCACUCAGUGCCCCAGACCAUUACAGGAAAGGAGACUUCUAGCUCAAGUUCCAUGACUGAGUGGGAGGAGGAAGAGGAAGAGGAGGGCUGGAUGGGGAUCUGGAAAGUGUACAACACUUUCCCUCCAUAAAACACAAGUCUAGAGUGAGAGUCUAGGGUGAUGUCUGCUGUUUCCAAGAUCUCUUUCCAUUGUGAGACUUUUGUGGGUGAGCUGAGUUUGUUUGAAUGCUGAGUGAGAACCCGAGACUGAGAGGAAGGGUUUGUUAGAAGGAAAAUGAAUUUGUAUACAGUAUAUUAGUAACUUUGUAUCAAUGUACCAUUUUUAUAUGUAACUGUGUAUUUUCAUACUGUUCUGUUUAAGUUUUCUGUUGUUGCUUCAGUUUUUUUGUACCCCACUUAGAGAUAUUUUUAUUAUGUUAAGCGGUAUGGAAAUUCAAUCAUCACUACUUAAAGUGUGCACACUGAAAAGGGUAGUGGGGAGGAUGUAGGGCUGUUAUUCACUGUCAGGAGCCUUUGCACCCGCAGCAUGUAAUCUUUAAAAACUGGAUCCUGGUCAUUGACAGUAAUAAAGUGAGUGAUUCAUACUCUUCAAAAAUAGAUUUUAUUGCAGCAAUUCAAAACUGUUGUGGCUUACACAGUGGGAUUAUUGAGUUGUAAUCUCCAAAGUACAACAAGCUUAUCUUUCUCUUCUGGUAUCUCCACGUGGUGACUAUGUUUGGCAUUAUUUUUUUACUGCCAUGGGCCCAGGCAGCAAUUCAGGGGGUGCAGCUUCUCUUGCAUUGAGUUACAGCAAUGGGGAAAUGUUUCUUUUGAAUUUUCACUUGAAGUACAGACAUAUGCACUUUUAAAAGGAGCUCCUGAUACAUCACAGUCACAGAGGUUUGUCCUGACUUAUUUAGAACUUGCUCAUUUAACCCUGUAAAAGGUUAAAGCAUUUAUUAAUUUGCCUAUCUUUGGGCACCAAGUGAAAACUUUUCUCUAUAACCAAGCUUUUGGCUGAUUAAACAAUAUAUGGCCUUUUAAGUGUGUUUGUCGGGCAACUGGUUUGUUUGGUUUUUUUGUUACGUACUUUGUGUUCUCCUUUUGUUUUUUUUAUGUUGUAAACCACCCUGAUAUCUUCAGAUGAAGGGCAGUAUACAAAUUAAAAAACUAAACCUGGGUUGUGUUUGAUACUUACUUACUUACUUACUUACUUUUACUAAGCUGUUGCUGUUGUUGUAAUAUUGUGUUUUUAUGUGGUACACAGUCUUGUUAUUUUUUAUGUAAGUGUGGUUUAUAAAUAUUUCAAUUAAAAUGUAUAAUGUUUUGAGGGGAGGGUAAUUAUUGCCUACCAAAAAGUGCAGAGGUUACAUAGUCUCCACGAAACCCACUUUCUUCCUGUUUGCCUUGCAACCUGUGUGAACUGCUGUUCAUUGUUCAAUAUGACAAUGUUUUAAAGACUGAAAAGCACCGGAACCUUUCAAGUUCUUUUUCAGGCAUUAGCUUCAGGAUACUUGGUCGGUCCCUGCUCCUGCCAACCUAGCAGUUCGAAAGAAAGCACGUCAAAGUGCAAGUAGAUAAAUAGGUACCGCUCCGGCGGGAAGGUAAACGGCGUUUCCGUGCGCUGCUCUGGUUUGCCAGAAGCGGCUUAGUCCUGCUGGCCACAUGACCCGGAAGCUGUACGCUGGCUCCCUUGGCCAAUAAAGCGAGAUGAGCGCCGCAACCCCAGAGUCGGCAACGACUGGACCUAAUGGACAGGGAUCCCUUUACCUUUUACUAAUAAGACUGAAUAUUUUCCUAACUGGCUGUGCUAGGUUGCUGAUCACUAGGGGCGCUUGGAGAUCAAAGAGUGGUCUGGAUUACCAAUGAAGUGUAGACCUGAAGAGUUCUGCCACUACUAUUAUGGUGUCAAGACUUUUAGUGGCAGUUCUGUUGUCUCAUAUUAAAAUCGCAACCCCUGCUUUCACAAAAUGGAUUAUUGCAAUAACGUUUGCAUUUGAAAAAAGCAAUGAUAGUCUUCCAAUAUUCACCUGCAGUGAAUCUCUAAAAGCAUAAUCUUUUUUGUUCUCUAGAAUCCUUCCAGUGAGGUGUGAUUGAAAUAUCAAAAGCAUUUACCUGCUAGACAUUCCAUGUAUCUGCUGUCUCAUUUAACUGGUGCUUACUGGGCCAUUCUCAUGUGGCUGCUGAUUUGCCUUGGAGCUUGCAGAUCACUGGUGCGCUCACAUGGCAUGCAAAUGUCCCAGUGUAUUGCGGGGAGCAUCUGUUGAAUGAAAUGACUGUGAUAUGAAACACCUUAAUGUGCAAAUGCUUUCUGCGGGGGGGGGGGGGCUUGUCACAUCUAUGUCUAUCCAUAGCUUUCUGUUGUUGUGCUAUAGUUAAAUGCAUGGCUGCUUUUACGCCCUUUUGUGAUGUGGAUUAAUACUUUGCCAUACAUUUGCACUUUGGUUUUCCUUUACUGGUUGGUUAUCAGGUACAGCAUUUUUGCCUAAGAGCAGGUGCAUAUGGUAUUAGAAAUAAUACCUAGCUUGUAAAUAGUAUGAUGUUUAUAAAACUCUUCAUAUAUGUGGAACACAAAACAGUGGUUUAAAGAAAGGAACUUGCAAAGAUACAGUUACUGGUAUUCAACUAAGUUCAUUGUGUUCAUAAAUUUCAGUGGGUCUACUUUGAGUCAAACUUUGUUGAAUAUCACCCAAUAUCUUUUCAGGGGUUUGAUUGAUAAUCCUGAAUGUGGCAGGAUGCAUCCAUGUCUGGUUAUGUAAUGGCAUUCUCCUAAAUGAUUAGCUGUCAUCUUAGAAACCUAACAAAGUAAUUUAAACCGAUGUCAGGCAGCUUGCAUACUUGGCAGCUUAUGGUUUGGAGGAUUUUUCAAUUCUAUGUUGAACGUAACCUCCUUGCAAUUUAAACCAAUUACAGAAGGAUUGAAUUACCACCACGCGGGUUAUAAACACAUGGGCUAUGUUUAGCUUGACCUGAAAUGACAAGGGAAUACUGUGAUGGUGUCCUCCCUGCACCCUCAUGGUCCAUCUGCAUUCCUGAAACUAUCAUAAAGAAGUUCACCUUCCUCUUUUCCUGGACAUCAGAAACAUUGGUCUUUUACCCUCCAUAAGAUGAUCUGCUUAGCCUACCACUAUCCAUUCCCUCUGUUUUCCCUACAGCAGAGUGUGUACAGUACUUGGAAACCACAAAUCCUAAACCUAGGAUAUCAGCCAAUUGUUCUACGGACUUACUGACCCCCAAGAGUCAGGCCACUAAGAAAGAGAAGUCUCUGCUUGAUGCCUCACCAAAGACAACCUGCUAACCUGCUUGACUGUCAUGCCUCUCUAACAAGAAGUGUUGAGACUUUUAGGACCAUGAGGGAACUCAAACAAAACUUCUUCAGAUCUUUCUAAGCAGCCUCAGAAUCCCCAGAGUUCUUUCCGUAACAUCCAUCACUCUCCAGAAUGACUCAGUUUUUCUUUUUAUGUAGAAGUAACUUACAGAAACUCAAGAAUUCCCACUUUACUUUUUCACUACAGUGGUACCUCUGGUUAAGUACUUAAUUCGUUCCGGAGGUCCGUUCUUAACCUGAAACUGUUCUUACCUGAAGCACCACUUUAGCUAAUGGGGCCUGCUGCUGCUGCCGCACCGCCGCUGCGUGAUUUCUGUUCUCAUCCUGAAGCAAAGUUCUUAACCCGAGGUACUAUUUCUGGGUUAGCGGAGUCUGUAAUCUGAAGCGUAUGUAACCUGAAGCGUAUGUAACCUGAGGUACCACUGUAUCGCGGUGCAUCCCCUUGUUCUUGUUCUCACCAGAACUGGCUUUUAAUUGUAUACCUCUGAAUACUAGGGAAAUUCCUAACUAGAAAACUUUAUUAAAGCUACAGAUAGAGAAAUGUAAAAACAAUCCUAGCGCCUUCUCUUGGAGUUCCAAUUACAGUGAUUGCUUAGCAUUUCUAGGCACAAAUUUGGGAUUUCCAGGUCCAAGUACUUUUUAUUUUUAUCUUUUUGCCCCACCAUUUUCCCCACGAAAACCCACUCUUUACUGCUGAAUCAGUGCAAAGAGCAAUCCAUGGAAAACCUGAAUUGCCGUUUGCUCUGAUUCAGCAGUAAAGAUUGGACUUUCCUGUGGAAAAUGUCAGGGCAAAAAAGAAGUGCUCAGACGCAGACUUGGAAAGUGUGGACGUAUGCCUAAAAAGCCUGGCACAAAAAGAUAAACGUGGAUGGUGCAGGAUUGUUUUUCAUGCUUUAUUAAACGCCUAAAGCCACUGCACUCAGGUAGUUCACUUCCAUGUGAUAAUCUCCUAAAAUAAUGCUUUUACAUGUAGUGUACUUUAGACUCAUUAGCCAUUACCUUUUGAACUUCCACUUUUCUAAUUUCCCUAUUUACCUCAUGGUAUCUAUUUACCUCAUGGUAAUUCUCCAGAGCUUUCAAUUCUGAAAUCUGUUACCUCUUAUGACAGCGCUCGGCCUCCUCUCACUUCUCACUUUUGUGCCAUUUGUUAAAUUUCCUCUUUUUGUCCUACCUGGGGAAUGGAAAGAGAGAAGCAUUUAUUCAACCUUAAGAGAGAUUCCUGCAUCCUAUGACUCUGAAACUUUGCUUUGUGAUCGCAGCCCAUCAGCCAGGUUUCAGCCCAUGUGACUGCAGUUUGUAGCCAAGCGGAUUAGAAUUAGCUUUAGAGAGUGGGUUUUUUAAGGCACUGAAUCAAAAGCUUAACUGAAAAUACAACACAGCAACCACUUCCUCAGUUCCUACUAAUUUGAUUGUCUCGGGGAAAUGUGUCAGUUUUGUCUGGGUGGAUUUGUCAUGCAAAAAUCCAUUUUGCUUAUCUUGGAUGGUUUUGAAACUUCCUAGAUAUUCUGUGAUUUUUCUUCCCCUGUGUUAAAGGCAAAGAGUUGGCAUAUCAAGAUUGCCUAGGAUGCUUUUGUGCCUUUUCCUUUUUUAAAAAAAAAUUCCUAAAUAUGUGUUCUUUUUUCAUUUUGUCAUAAUUCACUGACGUCUCACCCACAGUCUCUCUCCCAGUUCUUCUCUAGACAAACCAGACAUGCUGGUGGUGGCUGUCUUCUUCCCAAGAGGAAGCAGAAGUUGAACUUGUGGGCUGCUGAUUUAUGCAAAUGAAAUAUGCUGAAUUGUGCAGACAUUUGGUCCCAAAUGUAUUUUUGAUACAUCCAUUAGGAAUGUCUCUCUGAUACUAUUUAUUGGCUGCCCCACCUCAUCUGCCAAAGGAGAGCCUUACAAAUAUCAGUAAUAAGACCAUUCUUGCCCUCACGCUCAUACAUACAAUCUAGAAGACAAUACAGUGGUACCUCGGGUUACAUACACUUCAAGUUACAGGCUCUGCUAACCCAGAAAUAGUGCUUCAGGUUAAGAACUUUGCUUCAGGAUAAGAACAGAAAUCAUCUCCAGCGGCAGCAGCGGGAGGCCCCAUUAGCUAAAGUGGAGCUUCAGGUUAAGAACAGUUUCAGGUUAAGAACAGACCUCCGGAACGAAUUAAGUACUUAACCCAAGGUACCACUGUAUAUGAAUGGACAAGGAAUUGGUAGGGAGGAAGAAAAGCAAAUGGGCUUGGACACUCAAACACUUUGUCAUGUCCACUGGCUUCCAGUCAGUUUCUGGGUCCAACUCAAGGUGCUUGUUUUAACCUUUAAAAACCCUAAGAGACUUAGGGCUAUUUUAGUUGAGGAUAAUUUCCUUCCACAUAGUCCUGCCUGUGAGCCUCCUGAGUGCCUGACCUGGAUGACAGUAGAACUGGUGUUAACCAAUUUGGCCAGAGGAGCAAAAGUCAUGAAGCUAGCCCAAGUUUUCCAAUCUUUCACAUGGAUUAACCUGGACAAGAAACAAUAAUAUCCUUAAGUGGCUAGUUAGCAAAUGGCUGAGAGAUGAGAGCCUACCAAGUACCAGUCGUGGUUCAUUUGUUCAUCGUUGCUAUCUCCACUAAAGUGCUUUCCAGUGUUCAAGCCUAUAAAACUAAAGCUUUGCACUCUUGAAUUUUGUAGGCAUAAGUGUUGAGGAUUUCAAAUCAUGUUAUAAGCUCUUGAGCUGUUAACAGUGUUCACUACUUGGCUCCAGUUUGCAAACUUUUCUUUAUGCUUCGUGGGACUGGAAACUUUGAGGAAAACUUAGAGUUUCAGUGUCCCAGUGAGUGAAUGUUUCUUCUUCUUCUUGAAAUAGUUUGGAUUCAACCUAUUUUCUUUUAAAUUAGAAAACGGGCGAGGGCAGGAAUUUUUAAUAAUUGGGUUGUAUCCAAUCAGAGUAGACCUACUGAAACUAAGACUUUCUCACUUGGGUCCAUUAAUUUUAAUGGGUUUACUUUGAGUAGGAUACAACCCAUUGUCCUUUCUCGCUUGCUGCUUCUUACCCUGUGUCCUUGAAAAUAAGAACUGCAAGUAGAGUCUGUAAUCUAUACAGUUCUUUAAUGUACACCUAGAGACUUGGGCAGAACUUCGGUUAUUUUAUUCAACCACAUUUCAGGCUACAUCAUGGACUCUGAAAUUCUGCCGUCUGCUAUAUGGGUUGACUGGUGGCAGUGACCACUGCUGUUAAAAAAGAAGGUCAGAAUAACUUGCUGAGCAUGUGGAAUUGACAAAACAAUACUAUUCUUGUUUACGUGGGAGUUCCACUGUGCUCAGUGCUUUAGAAUUGGAGCUUCAGAGAACAAAACUUUUGAAUAAACGUCAAGUGUCUUUCUGUGUUCAAUGCAUUGUUACCGGCACACUUUCCAGGAGUAAGCCCCAUUGAACAAGUUUGUAUACAUAAAAUUAUCUAGAAUAACACCAUUAAACACAACUUUACUGUUGAGUAAACAGUCAGUCUUGCAGUUGUCUGGAUUGGAGCCUUAAUUCAGAUUUGGAGUUUAGUUCAUAUAGAUGGAAGAUUUAUAGGCAACUUUACCAGAUUAGGGGCACUGUGGUGGAUUGUACAAAAUAUGAAACUGGCUUCCCAAAUCUUUUCUGAUACCAUCUGUCCCUUUUGCAUAUUAUUAUCAAUUAUUCUGGUAUUUGAAACUCAUGUGUUGAAACCUUAGUUAAUGAAAACAUGUUGACUUUUCUUUGUUUUAUGUUUGUCUCUCUUACCCGACCCCCCUUGUGUGAAAAAUGCAGAAAUUACUUGAGACUCAUGAGCUGAACAAUCUAAUUUAGCACAGUGGGCUAUCAUGAGUCAUAAUUAGGAAGAUCACAGCCAAUUUCAACACAUGUUAGGCACACUUUAUUGCCACCAGCUGAAACUUUUCCCAUUAAAAUGUACAUGACUACCUAAAAGAGAGGUUUGUUCUCUGUGUGCUUCAUACUGGGUUUUCCUUUUAUAUUUGUACAGCAGUGCUUGCCUUAAGUGGUAUUUCUUCAUAGUCAAGAAUCAAUUACUUCCGUGUAAUUACUUCCAUGUUUCAAAGUACACUCCCACCAGUUGUGUCCCCUCCAAGAUGGAAGAACAGAGAGUUCCAGCUUUACUAUCAAUGUUCAAAACUAAUGAAUCAGCCUCUUAAGCCAUGAGCUGGCUUAGAAAUAAUUAGUUUUAAAAUAAUAAGUUUGGGCUUAUCUGCCUUUUGGUUCCUGAGCGGAAAUUAUAUUCUCGUCUUUAUAAUAAUCAGGGUUGUGUUGUUGUUUUUAACUAACUUAAUCACAUCUUUUCUGUUAUUUUUUAUCAAGGUUCUAGCCUAACUUGUCACACCCAGUUCAGCAAUAAAGCAAACUAGCAUUGUUUGUAUUUGUUGUAACCAGUGUGUGGCGGCUUUUGCAAUCAAUUUGUCAAAAGUCCGUUCCUCAGAUUUGUCAGGUUGUCAAAGAAAAUUCCUCAAAAAUACGUAGGAUUUCCGCCCUGUCUUCGCUUGCUUCUGUGCAGGCACAGUCAGAAAUUUGCCCUUUGAUUCAGAGAUACUCAGGACAAGCCCGAUUGGCUCUGAGUAAUAUAAUACAUAAAGCUUAAUGGCAUGUUAUCUGUACAUACUAAAGAGACCUUUCUUUUCUGAGAUAAGUGUUUCUUUAAAAUAUCAGCCAGCUGUUUUUGUGCCCUGAGAAGAGCAAAUAUAAAAAAUUCAGCAGCAGCGUUCUUGUUCUUUUUUGCUCUUAACACACAGUCUUUUAAAUAGCUUCUCUGGAGUGGGAGAGUUCAGUAAAAGCUCAUGCUAAUGAAGUCUCCAGAGGAAAUAGGAGUUCUUUGCUAAUCUGCUAUUAGGAUUUAUUUAAGGCUGCCUGAAAGAUGGAUUGUGUCUCUUGCUGAUCUGGCCACACUUAUGUAAACCGGUGGAAUCUUGUUCCCUAAAGUUACAGAAGCAGCCUGGCGCUUUUGUGUGUUUGAAUGAACAUGUGUAUGUUAUGUAUUCAGUGGUCUGUGUUUGCCUGAGCUUGAGUCUGGAGUCUGGAUUCUGAGCCCCUGUGUUCUGAUUCAUUCACAGAACAAUCACAGAUAUCCAAUCACAGAACAAUUCAGGAUUUGGACCUCUACCAUUGGCCCUUAAACUCUGAGUUAUGAUUUGCAGCGUGGAAGUCUAGACAGCCAAUCAUGUUGGGAGUGGGAGUGGCUCAGGCCUUCAGAAAUGUAUAAGCAGUUGCUUUGCUCCUGUUGUCUAGUUCUGUUAGUUCAAUAAAGGUUCUUGCUGCUACCACUGUGUCUUGCCUCGUGGGAACCCGCCUACACUUCAGUGUACUCUGGGAAAGGUACAAAAACACACAUCUUAGAACACAUGUUGUAUUUAUAUUUCUGCCUGAUUAGUUAAGAAACUUUCUGCCCUUAACCUUGGAGUAUGAAAGCUCAAAAAGAUUUGGAGGCAGAAAUGGGUGGGUAUGGGUAUACAUAACUUGAACAAACAGUGAUUUCUCUCUGCCUUGCCUUGGCAAAAUGUUGUAAAUGAUUAUAAUUCUCCCUAAGAAACCUAGAGCAUUUCUGAUCUUCUCAUUUCAUUCUUUGUGAUCCUACUAUCAUAGGUUUAUUAAUCCAAACAAGGUAUCAGAACAGGACACUAAGGAAUAUUUGUGACAGGUUAUGUUUUGACUGUGAACUGAUGACCUCUUUUAUUCUCUCUCUCUCUUUAAAAAAAGCUACAUUCACAACUAAUCUGGAAAUAAUGACUCAUCCAAUUUUUAUUUUCACUAUAAAUUAAUGGCUUUGUGGAUCCUAGCUAUAAAAGGUAUGAGAAAUCACUCUGUAUUUGAAACAUUUAGAGACUCUGCCAUGUUAGGGUCACCAGAAGAGCACUGGGCUAUGGUGCCAAGAAUCAUGACAUAGAUGCCCUUUUUAUGUUUUAAUAGUGGUAUUAUAUUUUCUGCAUUAAGUAGCCAUUUGAACUUACAUAUAUAGUAAAAGAGAGAGUUCUGAAAAGUAGUGGGGUGGGUGGGGGAGAAGUGCAACUGAUUCAUACUUCCUCUACCCCCUUUUUCAUAUCCAAAGUAGCUAUGAAACUUCCUGGCCAGAAUAGAAGAUGUGGGGUGUGGGGUAUACUCCAUAAAUAGUUGAAAUGAUGAAAUGUUUUGCUCCUACCAUAUCAUUAUCUGUAUUAGUAAAAUGAGGUGCCCAUAUGCAGGUACUUCAGGAUCUUAAAUGAGAUACAGUAUAGGAGAAUGGAGAGCUUUUGGUGGAAGGUGUCCUACAUCCCCGCAAACUCCAAAAACCAACAACACACUUGUAGAAAAAUCUUGUGCACAAGAACUUUCUUUGAAUGUUGGGUGAUUUCUGCUGGCUGAGGAACAGGGAUACCCAAAGAGCAGCCUCAAGGUCAAUGCAAUGCAAUAUAAAGUUCAGUGCUGCGGCCUGAGAAGUUUUCUUUAUAACUGAUUUGUGGUCUUCCUCUCUGCUUGAAGAUACUUGGGUGCCUGAUUCAGUGUCACUGUUCACACAGACGGAAUCUACACACAUAUAAAAAAUGCUGUGGAAAUGCUUUAAGAAAACAUUUUGAAAAAUGCAUUGAAUUUUGCAUAACUCACUUUCACCAUCUGGUGUCUCAUUCAUAUAUUGCACUUUACAACACAUUUAAAAUGUUUUAUUUGCAGCUUUGUAGAUGAGUCCACAGGCUUAGCUUAGUUGCUCUUGGGUCAGACCCAAUAAAAAGAGGCAAAAAUAAUAGCCAAGAGAUCUUCAGCUCCAUAAUUCCCUUUAGUUUUGGACAUUGGGCAUGAUCCGCCCAAAGUGAAGCAUCCUUAAAUCCAUUGCAUUUUAAUGAGAGAGAUAAAUGGGUAUUAAACUCUUUCCACUGAAAUGGGUGGGACUUAGAUGGGUUGAAUAGAUUAUACCACAUUUCCCCCAAAACCAUUUCCAUAUCUUUACCAUUUUCCUUCCUCCUCUGUACUACCAUUUAAAACUACAAGUCAGUGUUCUCUUUGAAACUCCUCCUGUGCUGCUUUUCCUCUCAUUUUCUUCAUCCUUUUUUCAUCAUAGUUGUCUUUAGCAGAAGGGCUUAUGUAGGCUGAUAGAUUUAGGAAUCUAGCGAGAGCAUCCAUCUUCCUUAAAACACAGUAUGUGUGGCAAGGCAGCUGUGAGGUGGAUGAUAAAUCUGUCCAUUAUGUAUCUAGAUGGCGGUUGAUGGAUGGUUGUUUGUGAAGCCUUUACUAUUAAGUCCUUUAAUGAGGAGUUUUAUGCAGCAAGCAGGUAGGAGAAUCACUUUUAGCCAUAUACUUGAGUGACUGACUCUUCAUGUAUAAGUCAUUUUUCUUUACCAUUAUGUAUAAAAGUCAAGCAUCCUUACAUAUUAGGCUACAGCAACAUGGAGCCCACUUCAGGUGAGAUAUAAUAAGCACUUGAACAAAAACAUUUCCCAUGGAGAGGAGGCUGGAUGUCAGUUUUCAAAAGCUAUUGUAGUAAGCAGGGAGCCUGUUGACAGGCAACAACAAUAAGGAGGGCAAUAACUUUUUUAUGGGGCUCUAAUAAAUAAACCCCUUUUUUUCCUCUUUCUGCCCCACAGCCUGUGCCAUCACAUGCCCCAUUUAUUUUGCCCCUUGUUGGCUAGAUUGCAAAUAGUUUUAUAUUUUAAAAAAAAUUACUACACAACAUUAGGUGCUUAUAAAUAAUGUAAAACAUUUUUUUUGUCAAAGUGAAGACAUUAAUUGGGUCAACCCUUGUGUUUCUUAAGCUUGAUUCACUAAAAUAACAGCAAGAGAGGAUAUCUGACACCUAUCUUAGCCAAGCACUGCUCCCUUGGGAAAGACACGGUCUGAUGACUUCUGCUUCUGAAAUGGAAAUUGCUGGAUUCAGUGCAUUUAUAAAGAUUUGGCCCUACAUCAGGGAUUUGAGCCCACCCAGGAGAAUCCAGACCAGUUUUGUGUUUGUUUUUGUGGGUAUAUUCUGGAACAUGUCAGUGAUGCAGUAAUACAGUUGGGUUACAGACGCUUCAGGUUACAGACUCUACUAACCCAGAAGUAGUACCUCGGGUUAAGAACUUUGCUUCAGGAUGAGAACAGAAAUUGUGAGGUGGUGGCGCAGCAGCAGCGGGAGGCCCCAUUAGCUAAAGUGGUACCUCAGGUUAAGAACAGUUUCAGGUUAAGAAUGGACCUCCGGAACGAAUUAAGUUCUUAACCCGAGGUACCACUGUAGUGCAUUUGUGGUGGAUGUAUACUGGACCAUCCAGACAUAAUUUUUCAAUUUUCAAUUGGAUUUUAUAUGCAAUUUGAUUGUAGCAAGACCUCUCAGUGGUUUAUGAGAAAUAUUAGAAGUGUCAAUGAAAACAGUUUAAAACAUCUGAAAAUAAUUAAAGUGAAGGAGAUAAAACACGUCAACAUCUAUUUGUCUUUGUUCAGGCUUGCAUAAACAAAAAUGGUUUAAACAGGCACCGGAAAAGAGUACUGAUGUCGAUCAGCAAAGUACUGUAUCUUAAAGAUGGAUUUCUUGCAACUUCAUUAGUUCUGUGAUGCUUCCCAAAAGUUGUUGCAUUAUUGCUGUCUAGUGGAGGGUCACUCUUGCACUACAGUGAAAUAAAAGGGACGUAUGAAGGGCUCUUCAGUUUGUGGGGGGCGGGGGGGCAACACUGGAGAAGCCUGAAUGAACCAGGUGAGUCUUAUUAAUUUCUGUUAGUUUUAGCCUUUGAUCUUCAAUGGCAAGAGCUUGGGAAACAAUAAUGCUUGCAGAUACAGAAGAUUGCCCCACUCUGGCAGUCUGCAGAAAGUAUGAGUAUAUAUGCUGUUCCAUAUUGCAUAUAUUUGGGGGGGGGGGGAGGUCUCAUUUCCUGGCCUAACCCUGGCACAAAUGGGAACUCUGAGUUAGCAGGUCCUCUGCUCGCAGCAGACUAAGGUUGUCUUUGGAGUCUGUCUUGGUCUUAGAGAAUCUUUCAGCAGAAUGGUGUGCUUGGAAAACUGACUGGGACUCAGAUCAAGAUGGUUUUAUUGUAGUUCCACUUUAGGUUAACCUUGCCACACCAAACCUUAUGGGGAGUAUUGAAGAUUGGAGAGUAGGAAGAAAGAUACAGGUAUGUACUGUGAGAAAACUGCAGAACAGGUUUAGUGUGUGUGUGUGUGUGUGUGUGUGCGUGCGUGUGCAUGUGUGUAUGUGUUUGUAAAUGGUUGUUUAUCUGUGGUAACCAACAUGGUUGCUUCUGGAUGUGGUGGAGUUGAACCCCCAUCAGCCUUAUCCAACAUGGCCAGUGGUCUGGGAUAAGAGUUGUAAUCCAGCGACAUCAAGAGUGUGCCAUAUUUGCUACCCCUGCUACUAGAAGGAUGUUGUUAUAGCCCUCAGAUCUACCAAUUGUCCUUUUAUUCUACCCACUGAAUCUGCACAAUGAGAUUAUUUGGGGACCUAGCCCAGUGUGAAAGCACGUCAAAGUGCAAGUAGAUAAAUAGGGACCGAACGGCGGGAAGGUAAACGGCAUUUCCGUGUGCUGCUCUGGUUCGCCAGAAGUGGCUUAGUCAUGCUGGCCACAUGACCCGGAAGCUGUCUGUGGACAAAUGCCGGCUCCCUCGGCCUAUAGAGCCAUAUGAGCGCGCAACCCCAGAGUCGGUCACGACUGGACCUAAUGGUCAGGGGUCCCUUUACCUUUACCUUAGUCCAGUGUUAACUGCCAUUUGACAGGCCCUCUGCUUAUUUACAGUGGCUCUUGUGUCCUGGGAAGGGCAAGGUCGGCUGCCAUCUUUAAGAGGAGUGCUUGUGUUAGAGGUGGUGAUACACCACAACGUUUUGUUGCCGGUCCCAGUUGUACCACAUUAUCGCUGAACAGUGACAAACCAAAGGUGAUGUGAAACACAAUUUGGGAAACGCUGAAGACAAUAAUUAAACAGAGAGCCAGUAAGGCAUGAUUUUAAAAAUCAAAGAUAUUAAUGAGUUGAUGUGUGUGGAUGGAUUUACUUUGGAUGAGCAGCAUCCCUCCCACUCAACAAUUUUCUAGAUGAAAGACUUGUGAUUCAGAUGAAUUAGGCACUCUCGCUACUAACUGUUUGCAGGUUGAAGCUGUAGAGGCAAGGCUACAAGAAAAAAGGUGUUUUUAUCAUAGCGAGCAAAGCCAUUCAUUGAAUGGUAACUAAGGUUGCCAUCUUUAAGAGGAGUGCUUGUGUUAGAGGUGGUGAUACACUUAUGGAUCUGAUCUGCAAGCAGAACAAUUAAACAAGCAAAUAAAAUAUGUUACCACUACCUGCCCCCCCCCAAUUGACUUAACAAAGUCAGGGAUAUUCCAAUUAAGUGCCAUAUUUAUAAUUACAUACCGGGUAAUUAACCUUUUAAUUGACAUUCUUGAAUCUACCUUUAUGUGACUUUUUGAAUUCCCUCUUUGUUUUUUGAUAGUAUUUUAAACAAAAAUGCAUGUUAAGUAAUUGCUACUUUUAACCUUUUCAGGAGGAAAACAGGGAAGGAAGCUCAGCGAAUGCUUCAUUUUGUGAUUAAGUGUCAGUUUUGUGGAAAAUAGUGCAGAUGCACUGUGUUUAAAUAUCCAUAUGAAGGGCAAAAACCUCAUUCUGUUGUCGUAUGCUUCUUUUCUGUGGGCUAGGUCUCCUUCACUUCUUUUGCAGUGCAGAGACUUUUUAAUAAAGUCGCAUUCAGGAAGGUUUUCUGAAGAUAACUUUCCUUUGUGCUCUGACAUCUUUGGGUAAGGAAAAGGGUUUGACAUAAAUAGAAAAGACAUAAAGCAAAAGGUCAUGCUUGAUGGGGGCUCUGGAAGCAUCCUGUGAUGGACAUCUUGUAGACUUGAUUUGUCAGGACCUCGCUACAAUUGCUGCUGUGCUCAAAUCCUACAAAUACAGCUUGUAAGAUGGGGGCUAGUAUGACAGCUUGUCGGGGCAGGAAUGAUAGUUUUGUUCUCUCAUGGAAAUUAUUGGAAGUAUGCUGCCUAUGCACUUAAAGGUUGGGGUUAUUGUGCAGAUUGAAAUGUCUGGGUACUCUGGGGAAGAACCAGUGUCCUAACAUCUGAAUAUCCAUGUAAGUUUAUGCAAUAAUGGGUAGGGACCCUCCAAAUGUUGCUGGACUGCAACCCCCAUCAGCCCCAGCCAACUUGUCCAAUGGUCAGGGAUGAUGGGAGUUGUAGUCCUCAGCAUCUGGAAGGCCACAGGUUCCCCACUCCUGCUGUAAGCAAUAAAUCAUGGCUUAGCAUUGGCAGCAUGUACUAGUGGUCUAAAGCACUGAGCCUCUUGGGCUUGCCAAUCAGAAGGUCGACGGUUUGAAUCCCCGCGACGGGGUGAGCUCCUGUUGCUCGGUCCUGCCAACCUAGCAGUUCGAAAGCACGUCAGAGUGCAAGUAGACAAAUAGGUACUGCUCCGGUGGGAAGGUAAAUGGCAUUUCCAUGUGCUGCUCUGGUUUCAGUGUUCUGUUGCGCCAGAAGCGGCUUAGUCAUGCUGGCCACAUGACCCGGAAAAACUGUCUGCGUACAAACACCGGCUCCCUCGGCCUGUAAAGUGAGAUGAGCGCCGCAACCCCAGAGUCGUCUGCAACUGGACUUAACUGUCAUGGGUCCUUUACCUUUUACCUUUUUUUUUUUUACUAGUGUACUGCUUAUUUGAUCACUCCCACUUUGCUCCACUCUGCCUGGAGCCAAGAAAAAGUGAGCCAAGAAUAAACCAUGGUUUCCUCAUAACUUGAGAGAAACAAAGAAACCAGGCAGGGAGACAAAUAAACCAGUUCUAGGCAGUGUUCAGAAUUACUCAGGCACAUUUUGCUAGUGUCGUGGGUCCAGUUGCAACUACAUGGAGAUUUCUGGGCACUGGGUUGGUGGCCACAGUUUAAAAACCUCUGCCAUAGUCCGUAAUUAAUACAAUCUCCACUUCCACUGUGUGUGUUUCUCUUUCUUGCACAUUGAGACAAGUGAAUUGUUGUAAGAGCAAGCUACAGUCAAGCAAUGUAGUUGAGAUCAUAGAAUUGUAGAAUUGCAGCAUUGGAAGGGAUUUCGAGGCUCAUCUAGUCCACCUGGCAAAUAGGCAUUCUAUUGCGUGUAGACCUGCACAUGGUGUUAACAAUUGUGUGGGUUGUUUGCAUCUUCUAUUUUACUUGAUAAUCUUCUAACAUACUAAUAUACUUGUUGAUCUCCAUGAGCCUGGAAGGAGGGGUACCUCCAACACAAAAUGUGUGUGUGUGUGUGUGUGUGUGUGUGUGUACAUACACACGUACAUAUCUAAGUAUACUGUGACCCCCAUACAGACUAUUCCACGCUCAUUUCAAAUGGUAGUGUGACUCCAGUGCACAUGCACUUCCUCUUCCAUGCUUCAUUCCAUGUUUUUGUGUAAUAUGGAUAAAUGUAUGCAAACACAUGAGUAGCUCACAGGAGCUAUUUGAUAUCUGACAGAACGUGGCGUAUUGAAUAAGCAGCCUUCUGUGUUGCAUUUGUUAGCGGUACAAUGUAUUCAUAGUGUCAACCUUCUGAAAUUCUUUCCAAGCCUUGCUAUUGAGUCAUUUGCCUCUGUCCCACAUUUCUCUAUCAAGACUGAUUCUUUGUGUGAUUCUUCAGCACCUCCCCCCCCAAAAAAAAUCUAUUCACGUUUAAUUUCCCUAUUGAGUGAGAUCAUGUUCUUAAGUAACAAUGGAAUGACUAUGCAUGUUUGUGGGCUUAUUUAGAGAUUAUGUAGAUUCAUGCUGAAUAAUGCCAUAAACUGGAUAUUGGUACUAUCACUAUCUGUUAGCCCAUUCAAGUGCUGACGUGGAUGAUUUGUACUAAUGUUUGCACAGUUGAUCUGAAAUGGUGGGAGAGCCAUUACACGCCUUAUUUGCUGUGAGUAAACAGCAAUCCAAACUCAGUACAGUGGCAGCAAUGUUCUUGUCACCCGUUUGGCUAAUGUAGGUGUUACUUGAACUUGCUUGUUCUUGGGAAUUCAUAUGAUUCUCUACCCGCAUUCUGAAAUGACAAAAAGAAUUGUUAUCAUGUGCUUUUUUGUCUUAAUGAGAUGGGGGGGGGGCUGUGAUCUAGCAGGUCUCUGUGCAGAGCUCAGUUUACUGAAUUAUUCCCAAAGAGGUAUUAUGCUGCUGACAGAAGAGUAUUCUUCAAAGAAAUGCCAAAUGUAUUUUUAAAAGCCUGGGGUUUUUUUUUGGGGGGGGGGGUCCAUUGCAGCAGAAAGAAUUGGGAAAUUCAGCAAAAUGAUACUUUGCAGGGGGUACCACCACCAGUAGCAACAGCCUGGAAACAGCUUUGAAACGCUAUUGAGACAUCAAGGAAGAUGUUUUAGGAGGGAGAAGGAGGGGAAUGACAUAUAUAUAUAUAUAUAUAUAUAUAUAUAUAUUGUGCCCUGUAAGGGCUGCGCUGUGUUUUCUACUCUUGAUGAUUCAGAAACAUCAACUUGUCCAAAAUCCAGUAGUCAGAUUACUGGCUGGGAUUCCAUUUAGAUCUCACAUAGCCCCCAUUUUAAAAGCUGCACUGGUUCCCAGUUUGGUUCCAGACCCAAUUCAAGGUGGUCACAUUAGGGUUUGAAGACCUAAAUGACUAAGGCCCCAAAUACCUGAAAGACUACCUACUUCCCUGCAGACCUCUUUGAAUGUCAAGAUCAGUGGAGAUCUCUUGGUUUCACCAUCCUCAGAAGCUCAUGGAACAGCAACUUGAGAGAGGGCAUUUUGUGUGGCAACCCCUAAGUUGUAGAACUCCCUCCCCACAGAGGUGCAUCUUGCACCUCUUCACCUUGGCUGUUGAUAGAUGCCUGCAAUGUAUCUUUUCAGGACCUCCCCCCACCCCGCUUAUUUCUGUGAUCAUAAGUUGUUUUAAACUGAUUUUCACAUUGUUUUUUAAUAGUUGUAAGCCACCUUGCAAUGGAUAGUAAUAGUAAUAGUAAUAAUUAAUGGUAACAAUGAUGGGAGAUGUGUCCAGAACAUCAGGGCAGCCACUGUUUUCCCCUCCUGCUUUAAAGACUUUGGAAUGCAAGCAUGCCUGAAGGAGCGAAGUGCCCUAAAUUCAACUGCCCCAGAUUUGUGUUACUAAACAUAUCACACUUUAGUUUUUGGAGUGCAUCAAUAAUACAUUAUACAGAAAGUAAACACACAGCUAGGCAGGGCCUCUCUCACCUUAUUUGAUGUAGAGCCAAGUAUUGUCAUCUCUCUUGAUCUAUUUCUUACCCUUCCUAAUGAGCAAGCUGACAUUACAAGCUCAUAAAUAUCUCUUUCCCAGAGCACACAUUUCUUUUUGUUGCCUGAAUCUCUGAGAAAGCAGUACCUUCUUCUUUGCCACCUAGUUACACUUUUUUCUUUGCUUUCUUUCUUGUGUAUUAUAUGUAUAUAAUACCAAGUAGUAUUAUAGUUCACACUCACUAGUUAAAGCAAUGUGGGUGUAUUUACUGUAUUUUUCGCUCUAUAAAACGCACCAGACCAUAAGACGCACCUAGUUUUUGGAGGAGAAAAACAAGAAAAAAAAUAUUCUGAAUCUCAGAAGCCAGAACAACAAGAGGGAUCGCUGAGCAGAGAAAGCAGCGAUCCCUCUUGCUGUUCUGGCUCCUAGGAUAGCUGCGCAGCCUGCAUUUGCUUCAUAAGACGCACACACAUUUCCCCUUACUUUUUAGGAAGGAAAAAGUGAGUCUUAUAGAGCAAAAAAUACAGUAUAUUGUUCCUUGCAAUAUCUAACUUGAUGGAUGGGGCAAGCACUAUAUUGCCAGAUUUCAAUUUUAAUCUCUACACCCUGGAAGCCAGGCAUUCUGUCUCUUACUAAUUUGCAUAGGGCCUGGCAAAGAUUAUUGCUUGAUAGGCUUUCUCCUGUUGGAAGGUAGCAUGUUUCUAGGCAGUGAUUUUUUUCUGGGGGGGGGGAAAUAGAUGCAGAGGUACGUAUACACUUGAACACUUUGUGAAUCUUUGUACUUUUGUCCACUUAUGUACUUUUGUCCAUUUAUGGUGAUUUUCUUGAGUCAAAAUGAGAGCACCCCUAAACAUUUUUUAAUAGAAAAAAGCACUGUUUCUAGGUCAUAAGAAAGUUAUUUCACCAGGGUGGCUGUUUCUAAAAAGCAGCUCUCAAAGGAUAGCAUAUUUCUCACCCAUAAUUCGAUUUAUAAUUUUAAUAUCCAUUUCAGUAGAAAUGCACUUCGAAAAAAGACCUACACAUAAAUGAAAAUUAUUCCAUCACAUGUGUUAAAUAAUGUGACCUGCAGAACUGAUUCUUACUAUAAUAAAUGUCACAAUUUGUACAUUUUAAAAUGCAACACACAUUAGUUGAUUCAAAUUCAUCCCCUCUACUUAAUACAGUAACAGCACAAUCCUACAUAGGUCUUCUCAGAAAUAAGUGUCAUUGAACUCAAUGGAACUUUACCCCCAGGCAGGAUUCCAGUCAAAGUUAAUUUCAGUGAACCAGUUAUUGGCUACGACUUGUUUAACAACUGCAGGGCAAUAAAUCUUCUGACAUUUAUUAUUUUUUUGUGCUGUCAGUAGAUGAAACAAGCUCAACUUUGUCCUUUGAUUUCUUGCAAAUGACUCCAUAUUACAAUUACAUAGCAGUUGUGUCCAUCAGCUCUUCUUGACUUCUGGUGUACUGUGAAGACAUCGUUCUUUCUGUGGGUGAAAGUUGAUUAUAUAGUUCUAGCUGAUGCUUUUUUCAUGAUGUGAUUUCAUUCUCUUUAGGCUGCUUUUUACUGUUCUCCUUUGGAAACUUGUUAAUGUUCUCUUUUGGCUGACAUGUUUUUAAAUUGUAUUACAGGCAACAACCGAUUUAUGCACGCUCAACUGAUGUGCAACCACACACACGUGCAUCGCAGUGACUCUGAAGUGGCUGGAAAAGGGGGGUGGGGUGGAGCAGGCUUAUACAUGCUCCAUCACUGUGUGCAGUGACCCAAAAUGCAGCCCCAUCACCAGUCAGGGGAUUGCCUGUAUUAUGUUGUCUUAUUUUUGUUAGCCAUCCUGAGAGGUCUUUCCAAUGGAAUCCAGGGUUAAUCUCUCAGUGAAAAAGAACACUACUGAUGUGUGUGGAAUAUAGUUUUCCACCACCACAAAUAAAUGGUGAAGAAGAGCCUUAAUUGGGUUUCCUGAGAUUAAAGGAGGUAUUCACUUGUUAGUUUUGACAAAUGUUUCUUCUCUUUGAUCCAAGAAGUUGUGAGGUGCUCUUCCCCCCCAUUCAUCUCGAUGUUAUUUCUUCAGCAGAUAAUACAGAUGACAUAAGCUGCAAAUUAUAUUCAGUAGAAUGGGAAAAUAUACUAACCCUACGCACGCAAAACCACUUCAUGGUUGGGUGGUUGGUUGGUUGGGUGGUUGUCUGUGUGUAGUGCGAAUGUAGUGAAGAUUCCUCCAUAAAUACCAGUGGAUGGGGCUAGUUUGCGUAGCCCCACUCAAGUGUUGUGGUUUCAUCUGUGUAGAUCUUGUCUUGAUUGGCUGGUGAACAAAUGUUGGCAGUAAUCAAGGUUUUGUUCAAUUUGACUGUGCCAGAAUCACCUGCAGCCUGGCUCAUUCAGCCCAUACUAAUUUUGACACCGGAGCCAUUGUUUCGGGAAUAUAGUAAGUGGCAGGCUUUAAGAAAUGUUGGUGGUUUGUCAGGAGAAUCAUUGGGCCAGUCACUAGCUCUCAGACCAAUCUACCCCACGUGGAUGCUGUGACGAUAAAGAAAAGCCCAUGUAUGGGACUCUGAGCUUCUUGGAGAAGAGUAAGCUACAAAUACCGUCAUUUGACUGAGCUUUCAGUAUCAGCAAGCAUGGCUACAAGUUGAUGGAAGUUCGCUUCUCAUGAUGUUGAAUGAGAGGGCAAACAACCCAAAUGCCAUGUUCACUUUUGUAGGCAGUCCUGAACUGUGAUGGAUACAAUAGAUAGGUUGCCUGGCUGGGUAGCGUCUAUAGAGUUGACCUUGUAGAUUUCUAUAGUGUAUAUUCUGAUGUGAAGCAGGUGGUGUUUGUUUAUAUUCAAGAUGGGCUUGAUAAAGGGAUUUUUAAAGUUUAAUUGCGCCAGCAUUGGAACAGCACAUCAGCGCUGGGCAUUGGGACUGGAAAUGAUUUAUUACCUUUUGAUUCACAGGGGACUAGAGAUGCUAAAUGUGGUAGUUCACAAAUGGAACGGAAUGCUGAGCAAGUAACUGUGCAGGUGUGGUUAUUUGCAACGGUCUUCCAUUUUUGAGACAGAGGCACUCGGGGAAAGUAUAUUUAUGAGGUUUGAGCUUCUAAAGGAGACAGAGCCCCACAACUGCGACCUAAUUUGCUGACGUAUUACUCGGUUGUGUCAGAAUGUGCUGAGCGAUAAGUAUCCUGAAGUCAUGGUCCUGAGCGAUAAGUAUCCUGAAUUUGUCACUAAAGGAGAACGAGGAAAGGAUGAACUGAUGAUUUAAUGCUCCUUCACGUCAACAAAGAGGCUUGAAGGAGGAGACCUUGGAUUUAUAUCCCCGAAAUGAGGGCAUAUUGGCAGUCCAACAGAAACUUUGAUGCACUAUUUUUACCAAUGGAAACUAUAGGCCCAAACAUGAUAGGUAAUUCAUUUGCCACCAGGAAAUAUUAUGUUGCAAAAAUAUUGUCAAUUUUCAGAUGCAAUUUUAUCAGCACCAAAGAAGGAAAUCUCUUCUUUUCACCUCUCCUGCUUUUCCCCUUCCUUUCUUCUUUGCGCUCAUUCCCAUGCCUCAUCUUCUCUCCUGUUCUGCAGUCCCCUUUGUACACAAGCCCCCCAGGAUAACCCAUUACUCUAUCUAUAAGGUAAACAGAAUCUGAAGAGCAAGCUUGUUCAGUUAGAGACUAUUAAAUUCAGUUGGCGGAUGCUAUACACAUAUGUUUGCUUGUUAAUGAAAUAUCUGUUCUACACUACUGCAUGGAAUCUGGAACAUCUUGUAGAAGACAACCCAUGGCCCCAGGAGUGAAAUACACUGUGUGAAGUUACUAUGAAAUGUAUGAGGGCUCUGCAUCCUUUAUCUCUGAUGAGGCAGCUGAAGAAUGGAAGAGGGAGACAUUUGAGUACAGUGAGAAGGGAGUAACACUGACAUAUUCCCCUUCAUUUCUCCCAUUGCCUCUUCUUACUCCACCACACUGCAAAUGCUCCUUUUAAUCCUAUCCACUUCCACUUGCCUGCUCCCCAAUUCUUCCUCCUCUCCAGCUUUCUUCCUUUCUGUCAUCAGAGCCCUGAAACUGUCACACACUCGCAUCUACCUUCCUACCUCUUCCUUUUCCCUCCAAAUGCCACAUUUAUUCCCCACCCCCAAUUCCACCUACCCCUUCCCCACUUCCUCCUUUCUCUCUCCUCCCUGCAUCACAAGAGGACUAAAACUGUUGCACACAGAGAUGUCCUCCCCCUUAGCCCCCCCAAAUAAUUUACUACAGACAUGAGUCCCUAUUUUUUCUUUCUGCCCCCUCCUUCCCCCGCCCCUGCCUCUAGAACCUGGGGAAGCAGCCAGUGGGAACAGCACAAUGAUGGACUAGUGCAAAUAUUAUAUAUCCACUUAUUUCGGAGCCAUUGCAUUUUACAGAAGACCCCUGUUUGCUGCAAGUGUAUGCAUGCACACUUCUUCACUCCCUCUCCCUCCUCUUAAGAUGUCGUUAAGUCUGAUUGGUAUCGAGUGUAGAAUACAAGGUGAUUUAAGAAGUUGCUAUGGUAACUUCUCUUUUAAAUGGGAUGAUGAAGUAUGUUUGUGCUAGAAAAGCAUCAAAACCAGUUUAGGGAAUAAUAACCAGCAAGCAAACAAGUCCUCCAUUUCCCUUCCUGCCACUUUUAAGAAAUUGCACUGUCUUUAUUUAAAAGCCUUGUGAUACAUUUGCGACUCCGGUCUCUGAAACAGGUUGAAGGAGAAGUCUGUCCUCCUUGGCUCUUUCUCCCCCCCCCCCGCCCCCAAUAAUAUUUACAGUGGUACCUUUUUUUUUUAUAAGAUAUUUAUUAGGAUUUUUUAAAAUAUUACAAUAAAAAAUGAAAAAGAAAAAAAAAUACAAAAUAAAAAUGAUUAAAAACACUCAGAUUUUCCAUUGCUUAUUUUUCUUUAACUUGUUUCCUGGACCUCCUCAUACCUCCCUUUUUUGUAUUCCAGUUCAGUUUGUUGGUUCAGCAAAUCCUUACCCUCUUUAUUUAUCCUACUCUUUGGUCUUAAAAUAGUAACGUUAGAUUUUUACCUCUUAACAACCACUUUUUCAUAUUCCCUUAAAGCAUUACAGCUAGAAACCACUUAAUUUCUAUCCAACAUCGUUCUAACAUUCAUUAAUUUUACAGUAUUUCUGUAGGUAAUCUUUGAACUUCUUCCAAUCUUCUUCCACCGACUCUUCUCCCUGGUCUCGGAUUCUGCCAGUCAUUUCUGCCAGUUCCAUAUAGUCCAUCAGCUUCAUCUGCCAUUCUUCCAGAGUGGGUAGAUCUUGUGUCUUCCAAUACUUUGCAAUGAGUAUUCUUGCUGCUGUUGUGGCAUACAUAAAAAAGGUUCUAUCCUUCUUUGGCACCAAUUGACCGACUAUGCCUAGGAGAAAGGCCUCUGGUUUCUUCAAGAAGGUAUAUUUAAAUACCUUUUUCAGUUCAUUAUAUAUCAUUUCCCAGAAAGCCUUAAUCCUUGGGCACGUCCACCAAAGGUGAAAGAAUGUACCUUCAGUUUCUUUACAUUUCCAACAUUUAUUAUCGGGCAAAUGAUAGAUUUUUGCAAGCUUGACUGGGGUCAUGGACCACCUGUAAAUCAUUUUCAUAAUAUUCUCUCUUAGGGCAUUACAUGCCGUAAACUUCAUACCUGUGGUCCAUAACUGUUCCCAGUCAGCCAUCAUUAUGUUAUGACCAACAUCUUGUGCCCAUUUAAUCAUAGCAGAUUUCACCGUUUCAUCCUGAGUAUUCCAUUUCAACAGCAAGUUAUACAUCUUUGACAAAAUCUUAGUUUUGGGUUCUAAUAGUUCUGUUUCUAAUUUUGAUUUUUCCACCUGGAAACCAAUUUUCUUGUCCAAAUUAUAUGCCUCCAUUAUCUGAUAAUAAUGAAGCCAGUCUCGCACUUUGUUUUUAAUUUCUCAAAACUCUGCAAUUUCAGUCUAUCUCCAUCCUGUUCCAAAAUUUCCCAAUAUUUCGGCCAUUUGGCCUCCAUAUUGAGCUUUUUCAGAGCUUUUGCUUCCAUCGGUGACAGCCACCUUGGAGUUUUAUUUUCCAAUAAGUCCUUGUAUCUUAUCCAGACAUUAAACAAUGCUUUCCUGACGAUGUGAUUUUUAAAUGCUUUAUGUGCUUUGACCUUAUCAUACCACAGAUAUGCAUGCCAUCCAAAUUCAUUGUUAAAACCUUCUAAAUCCAAAAUGUCAGUGUUUUCAAGAAGCAACUAUUCUUUCAACCAGCAGAAAGCUGCUGAUUCAUAGUAAAGUUUAAGGUCUGGCAGGGCAAAUCCACCUCUUUCCUUUGCAUCUGUUAAUAUUUUAAAUUUUAUUCUAGGCUUCUUGCCCUGCCAGACAAAUUUAGAAAUAUCUCUCUGCCACCUCUUGAAACAGUCCAUUUUGUCCACAAUUUGCAAUGUUUGAAACAAAAACAACAUUCUAGGCAAUACAUUCAUUUUUACCGCAGCAAUACGGCCCAGCAGUGAAAGCUUCAAAUUUAACCAAAUUUCUAAAUCUUUUUUCACUUCAGCCCAGCAUUUUUCAUAGUUGUCUUUAAAUAAAUUCCCAUUUUUUGCUGUCAUGUUAAUCCCCAAAUAUUUAACUUUCUUAACCACUGUUAAACCUGUCUCAUUCUGAAACCUCUCUCUCUCCAUUGGUGUUAAGUUUUUCUCUAAAACCUUGGUCUUUAACUUAUUCAACUUAAAACCUGCAACUUGACCAAAUUCUUGAAUCAGUUCUAAAACUCUUUUGGUACUAGAUUCUGGCUCCUGUAACGUCAAUACUAAGUCAUCUGCAAAUGCUCUCAGUUUGUACUGUUUGGCUCCGACCUGUAUACCUUUAACCAACCGGUCCCUUCUAAUCAUAUUCAGCAGAACCUCCAGGACCGAUAUCAAAAGCAAUGGGGAAAUUGGGCAACCUUGUCUUGUCCCUUUUUCUAUCCUAAAUAUUUACAGUGGUACCUUGGGUUACAGACGCUUCAGGUUACAGACGCUUCAGAUUACAAACUCCGCUAACCCAGAAAUAGUACCUCAGGUUAAGAACUUUGCUUCAGGAUGAGAACAGAAAUUGUGCUCCGGCGGUGCAGCGGCAGCGGGAGGCCCCAUUAGCUAAAGUGGUGCUUCAGGUUAAGAACAGUUUCAGGUUACGAACGGACCUCCAGAACGAAUUAAGUUCUUAACCCGAGGUACCACUGUACUGUAUUGACACUUGACAGCCUUUUAUCUGAGGGCAGAAAACCAGCCUGGCAUUACUGUACUGUACUUCAUACUCAAAACACUCAUGCCUAACAUCAGGUUUAGUGGAAGUAGAUGCCUUAUAAAAUGGUAGCAAAGGUGGGACACUGUGUGAGAUUGUUGCCUUUUUUUAUGAGUAAAGCCAAGACUGUGGCUAACUAUAGUAAAGGAAGCUGUUUUAUCGCAAGUCAGACCAUGGCCCAUUAGCCAGCUCUUAUACUGCUCUAUUCCACUCUGGUCAGACCUCACCUGUUCUGGGCUUUGCUUACAAUGUAUGUUCCCAGCCAGUUGCCCCUUGAGGAUAAAAUAUUCUUUAAAGUAAGAAAGAACAGAAAGGUAAGGUGGACCUGAGAAUGUGCUCAGUAAAUGUAAGAACUGAGGGUGCUGUUUUUAAGGGGAAGAGAGAAACUAUUUUGACAGUGAGGGUAACACCAGCAAAGAGAAUGGCCAAAGUCAGGAUUAUAUCUUGGAAUUGAUUUUGGCAUUUAAAUUGCUGCACUGUGAUAAAACUGACUCCUAAACUGGCGUCUAUGUCUAUGGCGAAGACAGGGACUCAGGAUAAAUUAUUAAAAAGUGAAGAUGCAGUUGUUAGAAGCUACAGUGACAGGUGAAGAAAUCUUUCCUUUGGCUGAAUGUUAAUGGAAACCAUAUGCAUGUAAGGAUUUUGCAUAAUGUAUUUUUGAGAGCAAGCAGAUUCCAUGUGUGAUGUAAAGCCUCAGAGUAGAGGGCAAUAAUCCAGCUUUUGAUAAUGCAUCCCUGUCUAAUUUUGGUUUUCAGCUUUUUCUUUUUGCCCUAAAGCAGGUAUAGAAGUUCUUCUGUUGUGAUUAUAGCAGUGAAAGCUUCCACAAUGGCUGAGCUGGUGGAAAGAGUCCAAUAGCACAGGUGUCCCACCCACCACCCAGGAAAAUAAUGCUGCUACCAGUGUUUUCAGAGGAGACAUGGAACUGAUUGUGAAAAAUCUCCUUGACCCUUUGGUUAGAAGCCUAAUGUUAUGAGAGUGGGGAAAAGCAGGAUUUCAAGCAAGUCUGGCUUAGUGAGAGGCUAGGGGCCCAUGUGGCAGUCCAGUUCUGGUGAACGCAGAUCAGUGUUCAAAGAACCAGAGGCAGGUGACUAAGGCAAAGAUGGACCUGUGCUUGGGAUCCAGGGCGAAGUGAGUUCAGCAACUUCUUCCAAGAGUUAUUUCCUUAGACUGGAAAUAUGGGGAGGGGAGAAUGUAGAGACCAGAAUCUAUCAGUAGAUCUCUGGGUGGUUUCCAGCAGGUGACUAAGGGUUUGACUCCCAGUUGCUUUAACAGUAGAAACCACUUCCACCUUCCCUUCAAGUUAUGCUGCAGAAACGAAGAAAGCUUGAAGAGAAAACCAAGAAUGUAUGUUUGCAUGGUAGAAUAGAGUGCCCAGUUAUGUUGCUGGAAGCGUAUUCAUGGGCUAUGAUGCCUGGUAGCACAUGGGCAGGUUGUGCAAGCUUUUGAGCACCAGAACAGAGAGCUGCACCGAGGAAGACUUUUUGUGAAUAAUAUUAUCUGGGCCAAGAACCAAGCAGGGGUCUUAGAGUCAAGUUCCACAUACUAAUUGAACAAAUUGGUUCCUUGUCUGCUGGGCUUCUGAAUUUCCCACUAUGCAAUAGAACGGUGAAAAUGGCAUAGACACGAACUGUCUCCUCCGUCUCCAUUUUUUCCGCCAAGCUUUGGUUUUCCUGGUUCUUUCUGCAUUUUGUAUUUUAACUAUACAUGAAAAAUAAAUGAGGACUGUCUCCCAAACGGAUCCAAGGAUAGCUACUGGUGCAACGAAAGCCGCUCAAGAAUAUGCUAAUUUAUGAAAAUAGAUGAGGUUGCUUUGCUGACAGGCUGUGAGGCAAUACUUGAUUAAGGAAGUUAUAGAAGUUGAGUUUUAGAAGCAGAUAAUUUGACAGCCUUAGCAAUUAGAAUAUUUUAUUCAUUCAUUCAUUCUCCAUUUUCAGAAGAGAAGCAAAACCUGUUCUUUGCCAGAAUGCUAAGGUUGCCACUACGUCUUUGGCUGUUUUCAUACUGUUGUUUGCUGUAGACCCAGUGACUUUCCAUUCCCCCCUUUUUUUAGGUGGGGCAAAUGGUCCAAAAAGGGGACACAUUCUUAUGUUCUUGGCAAAAAGGGUGUAGAUUUGUCUGUAACUUAUUUUUCUCAGUAGAUGUCCUUCAGGAUGCAUGCUGCACAACUCCAGUCUGAAUAUCAAAGCAGCAGUGUUGUAUUACUGAAGGAUUUACUGAUUAUGCAGAUCUCCCUUCCCACUUUUCCUUCCUGCUGUUAUUAAAGGAAAUAAAAUGCCAUGUAAUGAAAACCAACCCAUCUAAGCACAGCUGCAUAUUAGUAAUAUGAGAAAUCAGUUUGGAGCUGAUAGAAAAGGUGUUAAAAGGUCACAGGUAUCUAGGUGGAAAAAGCAACAGCUUAAUAUCCAGACACUAAGCAGUUACUGUACCAUUUGUUACCACAGAUAGAGUUGGGUUGGUUAUGCUUCAUACUAGCAAGCCACGGUUUAGCUAGUCAUGAAAUGGCAUCGUGGUUUGUUUCUUCCCAAGAAGCCUUAGUCUUCUGUUUGUGGUUUGUUUGGAAGAAAUGAACUUUGAGCCUAGGCUGUGUGCCAAACUUUUGCUUGUUUCCUUCCCUGAGUGGCCCAGUCAGGAACAGGUGCAAGCCAUGCACUCAUGCACAUCAAGCUAUUGUUGAAAAUAAACUGUAAUGUUGUGUGCAAAUUGGGUCAUUUUUGUUUUAUCAGGAAGCUGUGCAGCCAGCAUUUUCUGGAAAGAAACGUACAAAUAGGCUGGCAGGAAACCUGUAAGCAUAAUUAAGAGGGCUCUUAUCUGCAUUGUAGAAAGUGAAGUUAUAGGGAAGGAAAACAACACUGACAAGUUAAUUUGAAAGAAAUAUAGGGACAAUGCAUGUGUAGCGAUGGAGGUGCAAUUCACUGCAAGUGCAAGGACAUGAUCUGAAGGGAUAGCCAAGGAUGAAAUAAAGGUUGAGAAUGGAGGUGAAAAGCAACAAUAUCAAUUUAGCAGGAAGUGGGCAGGACUGCGCUGGCCCUUUGCAUCCAAUCAUACGGCCCUGCUAAAUGCCUAACACAAACCUUGCACCACUGUAACCUCCUUUUAGAGGUAAGCAGCUGCCUGGAUCUGCCUUGACUUGUGCACUGCACUGCUAUAGUUUUCACUGGCUCCCCAGAAUUAUCCAGAUGCCAGUAUAUUUGUGUGCAUGUGUUCUAGCUAUCUGGAAAUUUUUAAACUUCAAUUACCAGGUUCUGGAUAGACAACAGAGUCAGAAUGAGCUUACUUUGAGGAUGAGUUGCAUUUCAAAUCCAAUUUUAUGCUGAGUCACCCUUGUGCUAGUCAGAUUUCUAUUCGUAAUUUCAUUUAAUUCAUUAAAGCAGGAAAACAUUAUGGAGAUGACGCUUGGAGUUUUAUAUUAGAAGAGUACAUAAAGUGUUAACAUUAUAGCUACCAUGCAUUAAAAAAAGAAAAAAGAUGACAUUUAAUAGAGAGCUAUGGACAGUGGCAACAGAAGCCAAUAAGGGCGUGAGGUCCACUCAGGGAAGGGCCCCAUGAAGGCAUCUCGCCCAAAGACCCUCCAGAGCCUGGAGGUCACACUGACUUCAAUCAGCCCAUUAUAAGAUUUUUAUUCCAGAGCCUGUGUGUGUGCUGCAGUGCCGAUUAGUAAAAUGGCUGCCUUGAAGCACUUCUCUGUUUCUUUUUCCACUAAGUAGAGAGAAUUCUGCUAGCAUCUUAGGACAGGGCUGAGGAACCUCAGACCAGGGCCCAGGAACCUCAGACCAGGACCCAAAUGUGUGUGCCCCAGAAAAAGACCUUUUUAAUGAUGCACCAGCUAACUAGAGUGCACAGCUCUUUUCUUAGAAACCACUAGGGAGGGUAAGUGGGCCUAUUUGUGUUUUAGUUAUGUAUUUUGUGAUUACAGUUAUAUCUCACCUUUGCUCCAAGGAGCAAAAGGUGAUGGACGUGGUUUUCCUUCUCCCCAUUAUAUCCUGACAACAACCCCGUGAAGGAAGGUGAGGUUGGGAGACAGUGGCUAGCCCAGUGUUUCUCAGACUUGUAGUCCAACAACAGCUGGAGAUCCAACUCCCAACAUCUCUGGCCACUGGUCCCGCUAGCUAGGGAAGAUGGGAGUUGUAAUCUAAUAACAGCUGGAGAUCCGAGUCUGAAAAACACUGGCCCAGCCUAAGGUCACCCAGUGAGCUUCAUGACUGAGUGGGAACUAGAACCCCGGUCUCCCAGGUCUCAUGGAAUCAUGGAAAUGUAGAGUUAGAAGAAUCUUGGCUAAAUGCAGGAAUCCCAACUAAAGAAUCACUGGCAGAUGGCCAUUCAGCCUGUGUUCAAAUACCUCCAAUGAAGGAUGGUCCAUCACCUUCUGAGGUAGCCUGUUCCAAACAGCUCUUGCCAUCGAAAAAUUCUUCCUAACAUUUAUUCUGAAUCUCUUUUCUUGCAAUUAGAAUCCAUUGGUCCGGGUCCUACCUGCCACAGCAGCAGGAAACAAGCUUGUUCCAUCUUCCUCGUGACAGCUCUGCAUAUCUUUGAAGGGGUUUCCUUUGUCAAUCAGCCUUCCCCAACUUGAAGCCCCCCAGUCAUUAGAGGGAACCAGGCUAGGGACACUUGGCAGUUCAAUACUAGCCACUAUACCAGACUGUCUCUUCUGUUUAUAAAUAGUAGUUAUUUUUCUAUAUUUAUUAUGAGCUAUGGGAUUUUAAAUAUAUUGCAUUUAUAAAACACUCAUAUACAGUGGUACCACGGGUUACAUAUGCUUCAGGUUACAGACUCCGCUAACCCAGAAAUAUUACCUCGGGUUAAGAACUUUGCUUCAGGAUGAGAACAGAAAUCGUGCUCCGGCAGCGCGGCAGCAGUGGGAGGCCCCAUUAGCUAAAGUGGUGCUUCAGGUUAAGAACAGUUUCAGGUUAAGAAUGGACCUCCGGAACGAAUUAAGUACUUAACCCGAGGUACCACUGUAAAUUGUUCUACUGUGAUUUGAUUUUGAAUAUAUGCAAGAACGACCCUUUAAGCUAUGCUGAGAACCCACCCCCCAAACAAGAAAUCUGAACCGUUGCCUCAAUCCAGACCUUAGCACAUGUCAGCAUUGUCUUAUCUUUAAAAGGACAGAAUUUACGUCAUCUUUGCAGCUGACUGAGAGUGUUUCAAAAGGGACAAUCUAAAAACAGCAAGUAGCAAUGUGUUUUUUCUUCUCCUUUCAGCACCCUGUGUGGAGUGGAGGCAAUUGAGCUUUAUAACAAUUCCCAAGGAACUGUUUCCUUUCCUGGGUGAACUAUUAAGUGUGCAUUUGUAUCCAUCUCUCCCAGCAGCACUCUGCACUUGCGUGUAUGAGCCUUGCAUUCAGAGGGGAAUAAUAGUGGAGGAGAGGGAAACAGCGGACCACGUAUGUCAGAACUUCCUCGUAACAGAGGGGGUGAGAUGGGAACAUACAUUAAAAUAUUCCAUGGACAAACUCUUCACUCCCAUCUACUAUGAACCAUGUUUGAACCUGAGAUAAACUACUGUGAUGGUGCCUUGAGAGAUCUGUGUUCUUUUUGUUACUUGCUUGAAGUGAAUUCUGUGACUCAUUUCCCACAAUUAAGCUGGCAGUGAGGAAAAGCUGCUGACAUAGUCCAAAUAAAGAAUAAGCAAUCUCACUCCCUUUCUUGUAUCCCUGCUGAAAAAAUUGUGCCACAUCUGGGCGAACUGUGCUUGCAUUUGGUUUAAUGCUUUAGUUAAUAAUCAUCUUGGAAUGAAUCAUUAGUGAUAGUUGGAGCAAAUGCGGUAAUAUUGACAUGUUUAUCUUGAUCAGGUUUCAGAAGUUUUAUUUUACAUAUUCCCUUGAGGGAUAAACACCAGACAGGCAAGACCUGCUCAUUUUUCAGCUCACACUGGGUCUGAUACUUGGCAAAAGAGAAAUGUCUUUAUGAUGACUGGAAGCUUCUGGAAAGAUGGAUAACUUUUUCAGCUGGAAGUGAAUUAUUGAGUCAUAUUUUUAUGGUUCAGAACAUGGCAGUGAAAAUCUUAGUUUUUGUUUUUCACUUGAAGGCUUGCUCUGAUGUGUACCAAAGGUUUACAGUGCCAAAGGCAAUUAGAAAGCAGUAAUUUAUACAGUGGUACCUUUGGUUAAGAACUUAAUUUGUUCCGGAGGUCUGUUCUCAACCUGAAACUGUUCUUAACCUGAGACACCACUUUAGCUAAUGGGGCCUCCCGCUGCCACUGUGCUGCCGCCGUGCUGCCGCCGUGUGAUUUCUGUUCUCAUCCUGAAGCAAAGUUCUUUACCCGAGGUACUAUUUCUGGGUUAGCGGAGUCUGUAACCUGAAGCGUCUGUAACCUGAAGCGUCUGUAACUUGAGGUACCACUGUAUGUGAAUUAAUUGGUUGAUGGCUUUAAAGCACAAUCCUAUACAUGUCUACUCAGAACUCAGUAGGACUUACUCCUAGGUUAAGUGGGUACAAGGUCAGUAACUCAACUGACAUGAUUUUAGGUCAGUAACUCAACUGACAUGAUUUUACAGACCGAUUAUGCUCAACAUAACCCCCCCCCCCCAUAAUAGUAUGCAACAAAAACCACUGAAUACCUAUAGGUCUCAUACAUUUAUCUGCCUACAGGAUUGCAGCCAAAGUCUGUAGUGUUUUGCACACAAACCUGGGAGUAAUCCCUGUUGAACACCGUGGGACUUGCACCUGAGUCAACAUGCAUAGGGUUGCUCCAGAAGAGUGUGAACUAACCAGAGCUUGAAUCAAGUUGCUUUCAUGACUCGUGGCUUGUUUUCAGCUGGGUGGAGUAUUUUGUUGACAUAGUUUUGAGUGCAUGACCUCCACUGCCCUUAUGAAGGCCAGAUGACAAGAAAAUGUAGCUGGAUGGAGUUCUUGUUGUGACUAGAGCCAGUCCUGUGAAGUAAUAGCCAUGUGUGUGAAGGAAUUCAUACAGCACCACCUGCUGCUCCAACUUCAAAUCUAGGUGAUUCCAUAUGCAGCUGAACCCUGUCUUAUGUCCUGGUGUGGUCCAUGUAUCCUAAUGUGAGUGAAAGUUUAUUCGGUCUGUAUGGUUAUUUCUCAUUUUAAAUGAGCCUCAAGCCCGGCUUUUCAACUGGAUGCUUUCCCCCCCAGUACAAUAUUAUUUCAUAUCAGGGAAUCGAUCUUAAAGGGUGGCACUUGUUGUGGACUGGGGUGUUGCAAAGAGGCCCAUCAAAUGGAAACUCUGGGGAGGGAGGGAGAGCACUAAUCUGAAUUUAUCACCUUAUCCUUCCUGGUCCUAACUCCUCUUAUUAUGGGUCUUCACAUCCAAUCUCCCUUUACGGCUGCAUUAUUCCUGCUUCAUGGGGUCAGAUCUUCACAACUGCACUUCUGCGCCUGAGCAACCACAUCACUGGUUCUGUUAUGGGGAAGAGCACUUUGCAAGUUCCCAGCAGCCCCAGGAAAGGCUCUAGAAAUAAUUGGGGGUGUUCUCCCUUGUAGUUCAGGGGUGUUGAACAUCUGUGGCUCAUCACUGAACCACUGCCCAUGCUGGUUGGGGCUGGUAGGAGUAAAGAGCUGCAGGUCCAUCCAUCCCAUCCCCCCCGUUGUAGUUACAUGAUAGCAGAGCAGUACUUCUUUCUAACUUCAAAAAUGUGCUUCCUGGAUUGCAGAGAAAAUACAUGUUUUUAAUGCUAAUACAGUGGUACCUCGGGUUAAGUACUUAAUUCAUUCCGGAGGUCCGUUCUUAACCUGAAACUGUUCUUAACCUGAAGCACCACUUUAGCUAAUGGGGCCUCCUGCUGCCGCUGCACCGCUGGAGCACAAUUUCUGUUCUCAUCCUGAAGCAAAGUUCUUAACCUGAAGCACUAUUUCUGGGUUAGCGGAGUCUGUAACCUGAAGCGUAUGUAACCUUAAGCAUAUGUAACCCUAGGUACCACUGUAUUUAAAAAGCUUUUCAUAUGGUUGUGCAACCAGAUCACAUUCCCAUAAAACCGUACUAUGAAUCCCAUUUGUAUCUAUUUUCUUCAGACGAAAGCCUGCAGCUAGCUCCCAGCCUGUGCCGUACAUUUGAAACAAAAGUUUCCAUUCUUUCUUCUCACCCCCACCCCAUAUCUUUCAGAAUUGUUGGGAAGUUUUCUCUCCAACUUAAAGAAAAUCCUCCUCUGAGAUAGGACAGUAACACAGAAAGCUGGUCAUCUUCUAUUUGGCUGAUCAAACUCCCCACAAAAUACACAAAACAAAAUUGCCUAUUCAAAGUUGUGAAAGUCCACGGAUGCUUUUCUUUGUACUAGUCAUGAAUGUGGAGAGUUUUCUGUUAUGCCUGCUCAGUACUGGUGGUUGAAGAACAAAUGGGAAAUGGAGAGAAAGGAAAAAGUGGAUUCUGAGGAUAGAAUUUCAGCAUCGGUGUGCUGAACCCCUGACAUUUACUAAGGAACAACUGGUUCUGUGCUCCCUUCAGCCAGCUGACAUUUGGGUUUUCAAAAGGCGAACUACCUUCCUCUGUCAAAUAGCAGGAUUACUUUGUUCUCCGACACUAGACUCUUGAAGCUGACAAUCUUCUUUUUACUCUGUGUUUUUCAGUCAAUGUUGCUAUGAGGAAAGAAGUCAGAGAUGACUGAUGUGGAGCCUGUGGUCACAGAUUUUGCAGCCUCUGGACGGGCCGGUCGCCGAAAUGCCUUACCAGACAUUCUGGGUUCUUCUGCUGGUGCUGGAACAUCGGACCUACCACACAAAUUAGCUGAGCUCUCAAUGUCUGAAGGUAAUGCAGACAAAACGAUUGAGAACAAGAUGUUACCCCUCAUUGAUGGCCAAGGGUUGUACUAUUUCCUAGAUAGUGACUGCCAACUGUACGGGCCAACUGGUACAUGCUUGGACUACUGCAAUGUGCUCUAUGUGGGGUCUUCCUUGAAGGUGACUCAGAAACUACAACUAAUCCAGAAUGCAGCAGCUAGACUGGUGACUGGGAGUGGCCACCGGAACCAUAUAACACCAGUCCUAAAGGAGCUACACUGGUUCCCAGUACAUUCCCAAGCACAAUUCAAAGUGUUGGUGCUGACCUUUAAAGCCCUAAAUGGCCUCAGCCCUGUGUACGUGAAGGAGCAUCUCCACCACUAUCAUUCAGCCCAGACACUGAGGUCCAGCUCCGAGGGCCUUCUGGCAGUUUCCUCGCUGCAAAAAGCAAAGUUACAGGGAACCAGGCAGAGGGCCUCCCAUCAGAUGUCAAGGAGAUAAAGAACUACACAACUUUUAGAAGACAUCUAAAGGUGGUCCUGCAUUGGGAAGGUUUUAAUGUUUGAUAUUUUAUUAUGCUUUUAUAUUUGUUGGAAGCUUCCCAGAGUAGCUGGGACAACCCAGCCAGAUGGGCAGGGUAUAAAUAAUAAUAAAUUUAUUUAUUUAUUUAUUUUGGGUGCCAGAGGAACUCAGGAACUUCUGAAAUGUAUAUCUUCACAAAAAAACCCAGCAACAGGCUACCUUCCAUGUAGUAUGUAAUAUAUACAUGCUUUUUUCCUGCACAAUGAAAUUAGCAUAUCAUCUCCAUUAUCCAAAGCUUUAUUGUAAAACCUCCCAGAUUCUCUGAAUUCCAUAUGGUCCAAUAUUAACAUAAUCCAUUUUUAACUCGGAAUUCUCUUCACCAAACCUCCUAACCAUCAGAAUGUUUUGACCAAACUGUUCAGGGUACAUCUAACACAUUGUUUCUCAUAUCCACCUCUCUUUAGAUGAAGGAGCUGCUGGCGGGGAAAUGUCCUCUUCCAACACCACAACGGAAAAUCAAGAAACGGAAGGGAAGAGCAUGGAUUCCUAAUAUUUGUGAAAUGCUUGGUUUGUGGAGAUCGCCAACAGAUUCCACUCCCAGCUUAUGCAAGACUCUGAAAUACACAAUACUUCAAACAGCUGGCAGACAUGAAUAAGGAGCUGUUGAAGGUUUUCAGUGGUGUUACCUAAUCCAUGAAAUAACAAGUUAUUUGUGUGCUAUAGUCCACAGCCAAUAUCUGCAGAAUGCAUGUCAAGGUUUUAGAUUUGUUUUCAGUCCUGUAACAAAAUCAGUGCCAGCAUAUCCUCUCGGAUACAGUGUAAAUAAUCAAAUGCAACAACCACCCAAAUACUUGCUGCUGUUAGGUUGAUCUCUUGGGGGCUUUUCAGAGGAUAAAUCCAAAACAUUUCUAUUUGUGUUUAACGUGAAACAUUCCUAGCCCUGAUUGAGAGCCGGAGGCGCACUGUACUAAUGUAAAAGAUGUAGGGUUCACUGUGCUGCAGCAACGGAGCUUGACCAAGGCUUUAAAAAAGAAAGUAGAAAAUGAAUCCUGGGAGAUGGGAGCUUCAGAGUGGAGCAGGAGAGCUCAAACUCCAGAAAUAACAAUCCAUUUCUAAAAGCUGUAAAAUGGUAGGGCACUGAUGCAGGAAAGGCAGACUUGCCAGUGUGCUUUUUGUUUUAAGAGGUCCCUAAGAACUCUCCUUGCAGCAUUUCUGUAGCCCAGCCAAAAGGAGCACUAUCUAAAAAUGUAAACAAAUGAAUAACAUGGGAGCGGCCUUAUACCAGACCAGAUUAUUUGCCCAUCUGACUCAGUUAUUGUCUACAUAGACUGGUAGCAGUGUUUAUCAGUGUCUCGGGCAGAGAUAGGGAGACAAUAAAUUGUACAACCCCACAUUCACGCAAUGUUUCAGGAAUGGGGAAUGUUGGGCAGGCACCAUGGGGACAAUCUAGUAGGUGCCCAUGGCUCUCAUGCAAGCACAAUUCACACAACAACAGCCACUGGCUGAUGGGAGCUGUGUUCCACACAGCCGUCACCAUGGCAAUGGGCUGCUCUGAGUACCACAUUUUCCUGGCCAGAGAAUACAGAGUGUUCAGAACAUGGAAGUAUCUCUGAAUCGUACGAAAGGUCUCUGGAUCCCUUGUAACAAUGGCACAAGCCCCUCCUUUCUUCAUUUCUAAGGUAGCCUUUUCUCUCUUCCCCUAGCCCUAUCAUUUUUUUAAUUUCUCCAGAAUCCGAGGCUAUAUUAAGCCGUUUAUUUUUGACAUAGUAGGCUGUCUAAUCUUUGGAGGAAAUGGAAUGCCACCUGUCUAUAACCCCAGGAUACCCUUUUGAAGUUUGGACUCUAGAGAUGUCCUGGUAUACAGAGGAAAAUGAAAAACACUCUUUCCUCACUCCUUCAAAAUGUCACAAGGCACUGAGAUCACUUAGGAUUUUAAAAUCCUUUUGAGAGCAUUCUGUGCUGCCCUUUCUCAAAUCUGACUUAUCCAGUGAUCUCAACCUUCUGUGUAUCCAUAAGUUUCUAAAGUGAACUAGUGGCAUUUGUAAUUGAUUUAAACUUUUAUUUCAUUUCAGCAUGAAAAAUGGAAUUGGUUAUCUCUUCAUUUGGUCUUUGUUUGUUUUUUGUCACUCGAGUCUUCACAAGACCCAGGGACGCAAACUUUUCACUUGAGUUAGGAUGUGGGUUUAUUGGCUCAUAACUGAUCCUGUUAAAAUCAACAUUCAAAGCAUUUUCUUUCAAUAUAUAUUUUGCCUGUACCAAAGGAUUGAUUCACGUUUUAUAAUAAAGGUUGUAUUUAAAAUAAACUGCAUAUGUUAUUUGUACAGC